AUGAACCAUGCAGAUACUUCACAAGUUCGUCGAUUAUCUUUCUGUCGACAAUUAUCCGAUGUAUUAAAAUUUAAACGUAGAUCAUUAGGUUCAAAUAGUAAAUAUCCUAUGUUGCCAUCAUCAAAAACAACGUCACGUUUACCAGUGUCAUCAUCGACAUUUUCCUGGAAUUGUACAUUAGUUGAAGAUGAUUCUUCAGCAAAAGAAGCUUUUAAAAUUUUAUCAACGAAUUUGAUUACAAGAAGAAUUUCAAUCGAUAUUCAUUGUUUAGCGAAAGAAAAAGUUAUCAGUUAUGAUGAUCUAGUUUUUGUAGCGUCAAAUGAAGACGAACAAACAAUGGAUGAUAAACCGGAAGAAAAUGAAACAACAAAUCGACUAUCGACUAAAACAUCGAUUGGAAAAGAAAGAACUGAAAAAAGAAAUUCAAUUGGCUCAGCAAUCUUAUCAUUAAAUUCCAAGUCUCUAUCGAAACGUUUAUCAAGUCACUGUAUGAUGUUAGAAAGUGAUGAAACUCAUGACUCUAAAUCAAUAAAUCAAUCUAGUCGAACAAAUAAAACCAAUCGUUCAAGUAUAUUUACUAGCAGUAUAUUUACUCGGGAUGUGAAUGAUUCGACAGAACGUCCAGAAAGUAAUCUUUCAUUUAUUCGUCGUAAAUGUGAUGAAUGGUUAAUACAUGGUUUACCAAAAUUAGCUCAAUUGCAAUUUUCAAUCAAUGAAUGUAAUUUAAUUAUUGACAAAGAAUGGCAACCAUUUUUAAACGAGCAAUCUCGAGCACUUCUAUCUGAAACAAUAAAACUUCAACAGGAAGCAAUCUAUGAAAUGCUUUCGACUGAAGUUUCCUAUAUUCGUCAAAUAUUAACAAUGACUGAUAUAUUUAUGACAAGUAUUAACAUAUUAAAAUCAUCUCAACGUGAUGGAAUUUUCAAUGAUAUUGAUAUGGAUAAAUUAUUUUCAAAUAUUAAAGAUGUACUAGAUGGAAAUUUAUUAUUUUGGAAAGAAAUUUUAUUACCGAUGAGAGUUAAACUUCAACAAACGGGUUUACCGAUGGAUCCAUCGGAUUUAAAAGAUGGAUUUAUGAAGUUUGAUAUUUAUUUUAAACCUUAUCUUCAUUAUGUUCUUGAUCAAAAAGCAAGCGCAGAAUAUUUUAAACAGAAAUUUUCUCGUGAUGACUUAUUUCAACAUUUAAUUACUUGGAUUGAAGCUAAUUUUACUAAUCGAUUAUCAUUUUCCGAUCUAACAAUUAAACCAUUACAAAGACUUACACGAUAUAAAUUAUUACUUGAAGCUAUACAAAAGAAAACGCAAGAAACUCGACAAAGAAAUGAUCUACUGGAAAUGAUUCAAAAAGUUGCCACAUUUGUAAAUCGUGUUAAUUCAAAAUUACAUAAUCAAGAACAAGAAGAACGUGUUCGUCAGAUCAAUGAUCAUAUAGGACCAUAUGAAAAUGUAAUAGCACCACCUGAACUGACUUCUAUUCUUCAAGAAUACAAUCGUGAUUCAAUGUCAAAUCGAUUAAAUCUUCUUGAAGAUAUGCCGUUACAUGUUCGAGGUUAUCGCCGUCAAAUUAUUCAACAAGGUCCCAUGAAAAUGAAAGAUGCAAAAAAUAGUCAAGAUGUUUAUUGUUAUCUUUUUUCCGAUAUGUUUCUUAUUACAAAGUGUGGAAAACGAAGUGGUUCAACAGCUACAUCUCUAUCAUCAAUGACAAACGAUGCACAAUCGAACCGUGGAACAUCAAAUCUAUCAAAUAAAAUUCUGAAGUUACCUAUUCGCAUUGAUCGUAUCAAUGUUCGAGAAUAUGAUCGACGUGGUGGAAGUAGUAACAGUAAUACAGAACCGAGCAUUGCAUCAUUUGUCGCAAUAGUCUUUUCCGAAUAUAAUUUAAUUGAAAGUGCCUAUUUAUUUCAAACAAAUUUAAGUAAACAAUGGAUAGACAAUAUCCGUCGAACAAAAACAAAUUUUAAUCUAUUAAUGGAAGAAUCAAAAAUCAAAUAUCAAACUAUACAUCAUCCAGUAUCACCACCAUGUUGUACAGUAUCAACAAAUACCAUACAUCAAUCUCUUCCAAGUCUUUCGUUACCAUUAAUGGAAUUAUCUCCGCUGACCGUUAAUGAAACAAGUUCUUUGAAAGAUGAUGCUCGACGUCUAUCAAAAGUUGAAUCGAAUGUAUUUAAAAUCGUCGAACAAACACGACGAAAUUCUCGUACUGAUCGUAAAAAUUUCGGUCGAUAUUUUACAGCCGAUGGUUCGAGUACACAUGGGUCUAACUCAUCCUCGCCACCCAUAAAACAACUUUUAUCAUCUUCAACAACAAUUAUUAAACGUAUGUCAUGGAAUAAUGAUCAAGCAAUGGAAAAAAAUGAUUCAUCAUUAAUCACAAAUUCAUUUCGAAGUGUACAUAGUUCAAGUGGUGUUAGUUCAACAGGAUCAUUUUUAUUUAGUACCGAUGAAGAUUCUUCUAUAACAACAACAACAACAUCAUCAUCGAUACCUUCGAUGGUUCCAUCAAUUAAAAAUGAUGAAUUCGAUGAGAAAAGUUUAGCAUCAACUGUUAUUGAAACAGAUGAUCAAUUAGUACGAACUUUAUCGAUUCCACAAUCAGAUUUGAUUUCUGAAGAUUUAAUUAAAAGUAAUCUCGAAGAUAAAAAUAAUCAACAACUUAUUUCUCAAAUAUCACCAUCAAGUACAAGUACAUUGAUAUCAAAUAGUCAAACAAUGAUUGAAUCAACAUCAUCAAUCAACAAUGAAAUGCCAUCACCUGAAUCUUCACUUCGUCGAAUACCGUAUCCAAGUGUAAGAAAACGAAAUCAAAUUCUUUAUCGUUCCACUCCGCAUCAACAAGAAUGUCUUCAAAAUAGAAUAUCUAUUGAUAAUGAUAUACAUUCAAUAAAAUCUAAUGAUGAUAAUACAACAACAAUUCGAACGAAUCAUUCUUCUAUCGAUAAUUCAUCAUUGGUUAGUAGUGGAAACGAAAGUGAUUAUGAUAAUAAUCAAUGUACAGCUAUUAAACUACCGGUGAAUGAUAUUUCUCAUUCUAAUGAAUUAACACGUACAAAUGAAACUACUCAACAAGACAACAAUGAACAGUCAGAUACAAUUAAAAUAACAUCAAAAGAUACUUUGCAUAGAGCUAACAAAACAAUAUCAAUUAAUCCAACAGCAGCAGCAACAUUAGAUGAUAGUGCACCAACAAAUUUUCCAUCACUUCUCAAAGAUCCCAUUGGCACUCGACGAUUACUUGAUAUUCGAAGUCAUUUAUUAUUGAAUACAACACUUGAUGCAACGGAAGUAUAG